GCUGGCGCGAGACUGGAUCAAUGUUAACUGUCUACACUCCUCUCUGAAAGGAACAAAGGAGUGUGGGAGAGAGUGAGAGUGAGAAUAAGAUAGAGAAAUACGGAUCUUUACUCCUGUCUUAAAGGGACAGGAUCCACCAGGUUCCCAUGAUGCUGUGACCCUGGUCAGGGGUUUAGGUCAUCGGUCAGGGUUUAAGGGAUCAGGUUAUGUUUGGGGACAUGAUGUGUUCCCCGGUGGGGUCUCGGUCUCCGGUCGACAGCGCUGGGAACAGUGAGGAAGAGAUUGACCAACACCGGAGGCCACGUAGAGGCACCAGAAAACAGUGGGCAAGCCGAAGGAGACCGAGGGAGCAGGAUGAAGAUGAAGAAGAUGAAGGGAACCAGAAUAUCCAAAGCCCGGGGAAGAAGAGGGGGAAGAGGAGAGGAAGUGACAGAAGUGACUGGAGUGACGACAGCAGUGUGAGCGGCCUACCCAGGUCUCUGGAGGACACGCAGAAUCAGCGUGUCAUGGCUAACGUACGGGAGCGACAGAGGACCCAGUCACUCAACCAGGCCUUCGCCUCGCUACGACAGAUCAUCCCCACGAUGCCCUCAGACAAACUCAGCAAGAUCCAGACGCUCAAACUGGCCACGCGGUACAUAGACUUCCUCCAUCACGUGCUGCAGGGCGAGGGGAUGGGCCUGGAUUUGGACGAGGAGCAUGUGUCAGGAGCAGCCAGCUGUGGUUACGUGGCCCAUGAGCAUCUGAGCUAUGUCUUCUCAGUGUGGAGGAUGGAGGAGGAAGCAUGCUCGGGGUCUGCUACACCACACUAGUGCUCCCUCCACUGCAGGAGCACAACCAAACAGGAUUAUCCAAGAGAAUCCAUACUGGUUGGGGUGGUUCAACAUGCUACAACUGGACUGUGGUACACCGGAGAACGCAGGACUAAACGGCCUAGCAUGAUGGAACAUCUCGUAACGACGAAUAUUAGAGACAUAAACAAAGAUUUUUACAACACUUUCUGUACUGUGUAUCUCUAUGGUGGGAGAUAUGCAGGCUUGUUUCUGUGUGCUUGAUUCCAACCAUCCAUCCAUCGGCCUUAUAGGGGUCACACAGGGCAGAUGAUAGAUCAAAAACCCAUCCGUGGACAACUGUAGCUCAUUUUGGUCUGUUCUAGACUUCACGCACAGACAUAGAGACUGUCACAAUGCUCCACAUGACCUCUACCACAGGAGGUUGGUGGCACCUUAAUUGGGGGAUAAGGGCUCAUGGUAAUGGCUGGAGCGGAAUUAGUGGAAUGGUAUCAAAUACAUCAAACACUUGGUUUCCAUGGUUUCCAUGUGUUUGAUGCCAUUCCAUUGGCUCCGUUCCGGCCAUUACUACGAGCCGGCCUCCCCUCAACACUCUCUACACUCUAUUUCUCUCCAUGGGGGUUGACAACAGAUGAAGUUCCAGUCUUUGUAUCAACAAACUCACACAAAGUUAUACAGAUUAUUUUCUCCUGGCUUCUGAAAUAUCAAUUUAUUGAUUGAUGUUACAAUGAAGAAUGGGUCCAUUUCUAAAUGCAUUUAAAAUGUUGUAGUGUUGUAAAUAUCUUUAAUUAUCUUCUGAAAUAACAAUUAGUGUAUGUUUGAAUUGACAUUUUAGUCAUAUAGCUGAUGGUCUUAUCCAGAGCGAGUAAAUAUACAGUAACAGUAGACUACCGAUGUUUGCAGGGUUGAGGAGGUUACUUUCUAAAUAUCAUCUGUUACUUGUCCAAAAUUGUCAUCAGUAAUUUAAUUUUGGGAUUACCCAAAACUCAGUAACGUAAAUCUGAUUACUUUCCCCUUAACUGGCAUUAGAAGACAAAAAUGAUCCAUAAAAUGCAUUUGGUGUGUCAUCAUACUGGUCUCUGUCUUGUGGUCAGACUC